ACAUGUACAUCAACAUGCCACAAAGCAAAAAAACCGGCUGAUUCAUAGAUACGUAAAAGUUGACAAGUUCACAUCUAAGAAAUACUAAUUCUUGCUAAAGUAAUUAAUAAAUUGGUCGUGGAUGUUUUUCACGGUGUUCGCAUUUUUGUCCAAUAAUGAGACCACUCGUAAUUGCUGCAGGGAUUGGGAUCGGAGUUGUUGCUGGUGUCGGUGUGGUAAAUAAUUAUUUUAAUAAUAUCGUAAUUCGGGGUACUCAAUACGAGUUGGCAUCAUUCGCAAAUUUAGCAAAUUCGUACAAAAAUGCAUAUCUUUCAACAAAAUUAUGGAAGUAUCUUUCAACAAAAUUAUGGAAGAGUUACCCUUCUCAAUCUAAAGAUACAGGAAAAUAUAAGACUGAAAUUUUGCAAAUGCAACGACUUCGCGAUCAGUUGUCCAACCAUGGGGAAACCACUGAUAGAAAACUGGCACAAUUAAAAACACAAUUGGAGCAAGGAGAAGGAGACAGGGACGACAUUCUGGCCAAGAUCCGGAAGGAAGAAGUUACAUAUGAAAAUAUUGCAGCAGAAUUACUAGAGUUGGACGAAAGCUUGACAAAUAUGCAGAUUAACCUUGCACUCGAUCAGACAGACGAAGUCAUGGAAAAUGUGAGCUUCGAUUUAAACUAGUGAGAAAUGUAGAUUUAUCCAGGCAACAAUUUCCAACAAAAAGCAUUAACACUUUUUAAUUACAUCCGGAAUAUGGGUGGCAUUUUAAAUAAAGUAUGUCUGCAAGUUCUACAAAAAAUAUCAGAAACUGUCAAGAAAUCAGAAUUCUAAAUAUGAAAUCAUUACUUAAUAUCAUGAAACCUUAAAUUUAUGUUAAACCAAAUAUAUGUGUAAUUAAUCUAUUUUUGAUGUAUGUAUUUAACCUUUAUUUUAAGCAAGUUAUGGUAAUGUAACUUUUCAAGAAAUGGGGGAUGACUCAUUCUUGUCACUUAUUUAAAAUAAGAGAUCUUUACAAUGUGACUCAUAAAUGAUGUCAACAACAAUCUACUAGUUAUUAUAUCAAUCAGUCAUGUUGAGAUUUGAGAAUUGGUCAAGUCUUGCAUACAUUAGGCUUCCUUUUUACUCCGACAAACAGAUCGUGUCAAAAGGAUUUUUAUUUUCAAUCUGAAAAGCUGAUUGGAUCGGAUAGGAUUUUCAAAACUCAUUACUCUACUAACCUCUGGUGCCCCGUCCUUUACUACGACUUACUCCGAACCUGAAGUCGACGCUGAUAAAUCUUGUCGAACUAUUGCUUUGUGCGUGCAAUCAUUAAAUUGUGGUCCACUCAAGAAUCCAAUUAAACUGUGCAUGUAGAGCUGUCAACAUGUCACUUGAAAGUAUCUAUGUAUGUAUUCAUCAAUAAAAUGCCAAUAAUGUGCUUUUAACAAAAUUUAGGUA